GAAACAUAUGUGUACAAUUUCCGUUCAAACGUCAAAAUUCACUUAUUAAUUUUUCUUUCCCAAUUUCAAUUGAUAUUUAUGCUGUUCAUCGAAAUACCCAUAUUCCACGCCUCAUUAUUACAACUAAAUAUUCAUUUUAUGAUCGUAUUUUAUGACACUUUCCAAAGUACUUUACAAAUUGUUCAACAUUACGAUGAUAUUCGAUAUAUCGCGAUAUGCAUAGUUCUCUACAAAAUUGACUCCAUCAGGUGAUUGUUCAACUUGUUGUGAUCUUUCAAGAAUUCGAAUUUUUUAUCCAUAUAUUAUGUUGUAUUUAUAUAUUUGACAUAUACACUCUAUUUUACAGUUCUAUAAUUUUAUACGUUAACCAUACCUACUUGGGUAAAUACACGGUUCUUUCCUUUCCGCCCUUUUUAUUUGUAUUACCGUUAUCAUCUCGUGCCUCGCGGUAUUCCAACGUUUAAUUUCCAAAUUAAUUUCUACAUUAUUUAUUUAGUUGCUUCGAUUUUUCUGUAAAUUUGACCAUAGAAUGUGACGCUUGUGUGCUUGUUUUUCAAAAGGAAUCCAUCUUCAGUCAAUUAUGGAUAAACUAACGGGUGAUGAUGAUUUAAACGAGAUAGUAUUGCUAGAAAAUACGUCUUCUGAAUUAAAUAAUGAACACGAUUGUCCAUAUAUUCCUACAGUAAAAGAUGGAUCGGUCUGUACGUCGGAAGUGUUUACUAAAGAUCCCACGUUACAAAGAAAAUCUAAAUAUCAAGAAGAAAAUGUGUCUUUGGAGUGCAAUAUUGACGAUUGUAACAGUUUACUAAAUUUCAACAAGCAGAUCAUUUCUUUUUUGAUCGAUGUAAAAAAACACAUAACCUAUGCUCUUCAAAAAUGUGAAAAAAAAUUGACGAUAAUAGAAACGAACCUUCAAAAGCAUACAACUGGAGACACAAAGGCUUUAAUUUGCAAUGCUGGCAUGCCUUACUUUAAGGACAGGUAUUAUUUUUCUGCUCCUAACAAUGACGAUGAAAUAUUAAAGGAAAAUUAUAAAGAAUUACAUCUUAGAAAUCUUCCUAAAGUAAUACCAUGGACCAUAAAAGAAAGGAACACAUUGCUUAAAGCGGUACAAGAAGAGGCUACUGCGAGCUCUAUAAAAAUUGAACAUAUCAGGUUCGAAUCGACAUGUAAAUCUACAUGGAAAAUCAAUAAAGAAACAAAAACAGGAAGAAGAUCUUCGGCCAACGACUCUGUCGAAGUGGCUAGCUCAUUACAAGAUAGAGACUUCGAUUGGUUUAAAAUAUCAUCUAUUUAUUUCGAGGAUGUACAUUCGCCGCUCGAUUGCAGAGUAAUGUGGAAUGUGUUUCUUCAUCCAGAAAUCAAUAAAAGUUGUUGGUCAAAAUCGGAAGAUGUCAAAUUAAAAGAAAUCACAAAACAGCACAAGUUUCAAAACUGGGAUAAUAUUGCAGAAGAAUUAAAUACAAAUCGUAGUGCUUACCAAUGUUUCAUCAGAUACAAUACAAUAAGAAAGUUGCCUAAAAUCAGAAAUUGCAUUUGGGAACAUAGAGAGGAUGACAGACUCUUAAAAUUAGUAAAAAUAUUUCAGAUCGGUAACUUUAUUCCAUGGGGUGAAGUAGCCAGUUGGAUGCCGAAUAGAACUAAACAGCAAGCAUAUUUUCGAUGGACUUAUAGCUUGACACCGUAUUUAACCAAAGGCAGAUUUAGUAAAUCCGAAGAUAAUCUUCUAAAAGAUGCUGUUACUAAGUAUGGUACAAAUUUUCGUAAAAUAUCAGCUGCACUGAUGCCUAAUAGGUCAACGGUUCAACUUCAUGACCGUUAUCAAACCUUGACUAGCAACCAAAUUGAAAACUGGAAUGUAUGGUCACUAGCAGAAGAUUCAAAAUUGUUGGAACUUUUUGAAUGCUUUGGUCCAAAUUGGUCUAAAAUAUCUAAAGCAUUUACAUGUAAAACAAGAACCCGAUUGAGACAUCGACAUGCUGCUUUACAAAAAUAUCUUAGUAAAGGUAUAUCUGUUUUUGACUUACAUACAGACUACUCGAAGCGUAAGAAUAAAGAAGCAGAGCAAGAAAAGAAAAACGAAAAAUCUGAUCAAAUUCAGUUCAACCUUAAUAAAGAUGUGUCCAAUAGCAGUUGCAAUAAUGAUAUCGAUAAAGAAUUAAUUGAGUAUUUCCAUAAAGAACAAACAAUAGAAAGAUCGUUCAACCACAGACAAAAACUUUACAAAACGGAUGAACCAAAGUUCAGUGCAAAAGAAUUAUACGAUAUUUUACGGGUAUUAAAUGUUAAAUUUCAUAUGCCUGAUGAAAUUAACAAUUCAAAAUUAGAUGACAGACACAAACAACUUUUCUAUUCAUUGAAGGAAUAUAUAAAUGUAAGGGAUGACAAGAAAAGGCAACAUGCGGUAAUAGAUAAAUGUAGCUCACUUAUGUUCGGAGUAAAUCACAUUGUAAAAAAAGGUACUGGUGAUGUAUUAUCAGAAUCAUUUGAAUCACAGGUAAAAUUGAAAUACCCGAAUAAAACACAAUGUAUCGAUUAUCACAUGAACACAAAGAAUGCUUUCUUAGUUGAGAAAACAGCAGUCUUUAACACUCCAGACUUUAUGAUUUCUCAUAUCGGCGGUAACGAACAAGAAUUACAGUUUGAAAAACUUGCUCGAUUGUUUAUAAUGGAUACCUGCUGUAAGGAUAAACACUAUACACGGAACAUGAAAAACUCUAAUGCAUUUCCAUGUGGAAUGUCUUUAGAUCCACAUAACAAUGGGAACAGUGACAAUAGAAAGAAAUUGGUACAUAACGAGUCAAAGGAAGUAUCGAUUGUACCCUCCAAUACUUGUUCUGAUAUUUCUUUGGUACAAAGCAACCUUGGCGAUCGCGUAAAUUACUCAACGUUACAAAGCGAGAAUUGUGAAAAAUUUCGCGAUUUCACGACAAAAAACAACACUCUGUUUAAUGUGUUUGAAAAAAUACAAGAGUUUACACCUAAUUCCACUGUAGAUACAUCUAAAAUUCAGUAUUCGUCUGUGAUCGAAACGGCACAUGCCACUUUACUCGGUUUCAAACAUUUGAUAUAUUUAAAACAGUUAAACAAAGAAUGCAAUGAUCCACGUGAAUUUUGUAUGAUAUCGAAGGGAUGUCAGCGAUCAUUGAAUAUAUUGAUAACACGUUUAGAGCAGUUAUUUAGGUACCCGAUUGGUUUAUCGAAAACCACGUUACCCAAAGUUUAUGUUAUGGAUACUUUUUCAUACGAUGACGUUACAUCAAAAAGAAAAGCCACUGAAACACCAACAAUAUUAAAACCGUAUAAAAUAGGAAAAUUUCGAUCAUACGAUAAAAACAGCAGAAAAAUAUAAAACAACAGUAGCACGACAAGACUCCUUAGGGAAAUAACUUGAUUCGGAAUCGUUUGGACAUUUUUUUAAUUAUAUAAGUACAAGUGAAAUAUCUAAAGAGAUUUCUGUUCAUCAGUUAUGCAUUGAAUUUCAAUACGAUAUCAUAAUAUUAUAUAUAAUCAUAUUAAUAUUAACAGAUGUAUGUAACACUAUAGCUCACAAGUUCUAUCAUUUGUAUAAAAAUCAGGAAAAUAUAAAAUAUAAACAAUUGAAAUUCGAUAGACACAGGAAGAUGUAGCCUCUUGAGUUUAAUUCAAACAUCUUAUUGCUGUGGUUGUUAGUAUGUAAGAAAUGUAAUCUAUUUUUACAUAUUAUACUAAAUAAUCUCGCAAUAGUAUUAUUAAUUGCAAUAAAUACGGAAACAUAAGCAUAGGGUAUUGUAUAUUUGUAGAAGUAAAUCGUACACAUAAUUUCGAAAAAGCUUCGUACGAUCGGCACCGUGCUCAUUUAGAAUUUAUCGUUAGUUAUUACUUGUUACUUGAACAUUCGACUGACUAUUCAAAUGUAAUUAUUUCCUCUUUAAAGUUGAAUUGCCGUAGCUAGUCAAGAUAAUCGCACAACCUGCAGUGUAAAUACCCCAUAAAAGAAGACUAGCCUCGAUUUUAUAAACUAUAGAUCUUAUACUGUCGAGAAGCAGUUUCAGUGGUUCAUUCGUGACUUUGAAAGUUGAUUUGUCCGGUAUGAUUUUCAUCAUUGAUAAAUAUUUGAUAAGUCGCGGAUUAUCGCGACUCAAUAUCGGAAGAUAUUCCUUGACUUUCUUUCUCGUCCACCAAGCUUGUUUGUUUGACCUAACAAACAUCGAAAUUGAAGUCGUAAUCGUAAUCGGCUGUAUUUCUUAAUUAUUCGAAAUCUAUGUAUCUUAUAAAAAUACUCACGACUGAUUCCACGGGGUGUAAUGAUAAUAAUAGAAACUAGCUUUAAUGUAUUGUGGCGGUUUUUCGCGAAACGGACUUCCUAUACUAUUCAUCAAAGCUAGUACUUCUGGUUGACCAUUUAAAAGACGAUAGAUAAAUGAGAGUAGCCAUGAAUUGCGGCUAUACGUGACCCACGCAGCAUACCACAUUUGCCAAUCGAGAUGCGGCUGAUAGGGAGCUGAAAAUUAGAAUCAGUUGUUAUCAUUAAAGGAAAGGCACAUUAGAGGCACGACGUAUUAACAAAUUUAUUUAUUACUUCAUUUAUUUAUAUAUAUAUACAUACGCGUGUAAAGGUUAUUAGGUGAAAACGAAUAAUAUACAGAAGCUAUUACAGAAUUAAAACAAUAAUUUGAUUAGCGACUCACCGACAAACGGCAAAGAAUUAUUAACAUUCCCUGGUUUAUAUAAAAAUUCAUACUCUUUCCAUGGUCCAUCAAUAUUAUCGCUUCCUUCGAUUAUCACCUCUGGUCUACCAUCCAAUCCGGUUGUAUGCUUCAAUAAUCCAUAAUUAUUUACCAACCGAAGGUGUUCGACUUUUCCUUGAAUCUGCUUCAAUUGAGUUGGUACCGUCGAAUUAUGGGACUCGUCUAAUGUAGUAUAUGGUACCUAAACAAACGACAUCUUUGUUGUUGCCAUCGUGAGAACGAGUUUCAUUUGUUCGCCAGAUCACGUGCAAAUGACUUGUGAAUGAGACUCUAUUCAUUUGAAACACUUACAAUACUUAUUGCAAAGAUGAAACACACCGCUACCGUGUACAGACCCGUAACGAAAAUAGUGACUACUUUGUUUUGUACACCUUUAACCGUUAUUAAAGAAUUCACUAUUGCAUCCGCUAUUGUGAAACCAAGCGAUGCUACACCAAUGUAGAUAGAUAUCGGAAUCGCACGUGAUAAAACAUAAUUAAACUGUUCUUGUGUAAACGCUAAAAACGAUACAUUAAAAUUAUUAUUAGGAUAAUUAGUCUAAAUACAAUAAGAUAAUAAUUGAUAUACAUACGUACCGAUGUUGCUCUGUAUCGUCCAAUUAUCAAUUCUAAGAUUAUAAUACACAUACAUUCCGUACAAUAUACCUGUAUAAACUAAAAUACAUACUAUUGUAGAGAGAUAUUUGGAGAAACUAUAAGAAUCAUUUCUGGAUUUUUUCUUGUAAAAAAACUGAUCGUCCAACAAAGAAAUGCAUAGACAAAUCACAAGGAAAUUGAAAAAAUUAUUGUUUCCUGUUGCUAUAAUAUGUAUUUGAAGAAAUAUCUGAAACAAAAACAAUUAGUUCUCCAGUGAUACGUUCGUAACACAAAACAAGCAAACAGAAAAUUCUUCAAUUAUAUUUACCUGUGUGUAGAAAGCUACUAUCCUCACUUUUCUGUUUGGGAAGAAAAACAGAAAUGGAACAACCAGUUCAAAAACAUUCACAAACACUGUGGUUAAGCGUAAAAACCAUGUUGGUAAAUGGUGCGCGUACCAUGCUAUAGGAGUCGGUAUGCACUGUGACUCAAAAUGUUUGCUCAGAGCUGAAACAUAGGCAAAGACAUAUUUUUACAUUCGCAUUUUCAUAAUUUAGAGAUAUAUCUAUAUGGUAAAACUUACCAUCUAAUUUCCACCAUAGUGAAUUACCAGAAGCAAGUUUUACUACACCAUUGGAAAACACAAGACGAAAAAGUAACCAACGUAUACUCCAAAAGGUUACAGCAUCGCUAGGUGUGUUUAUUUUUCCACGCUGAGAAUACCAGAACGGAGCUACAAUUAUACAUAGAAAUCCUGCUUCCAAGAGAAGGGCAUCCCUGAAAAUUUCAUGGAAAUGUGAGCCAUACGAGUAUAAGAAAUUGUUCAAUAACUACAGAAUAGAUACAUUAAAAGUUUCCUAGCGAUGGUAGAUUAUAGAAAUAUGAGCAAACGAUUAACUAAAAAUAUUAUAUCGGAUAUUAUAUACUUGCCAUUGAAACGACAUAAAUAUUUGUCCAACGAGGUAUAAAGAAUAAUAUAAUGACCAAAGUAAUGCAAACACUAAUGUAGUACAAAACCUCUGUGAAACAAACCUAUAUGGAAAUAUAAUUAUUAUUAUCUUUUAAAUAUUGUACCAAAUAAAAGUAACAUCUAUUUCCUCUUACCCUGCGAAUGAAAGAACAACUCCGAAAAGAGACAAUACAUCCAACAUGUACUCUAGAUUCAAUCCAAAAUAAGGGGCAAACCAUAAUAAUGUUGGAUUCUGUUUUAAUUUAUGCAACAGAGGAGCUUGGUAUUCGAUAUCUAACUGAGUUUUAACGGGUAAUAUCCCAUUAUCGCCGUACAGUCCUUUGCGUAUAAAUAUUAAUAA